AUGGACCUAACCCGGAGGCAAUUUAACUUAAUUACCACCACAGGAAAAAUGGCUCCCAGCGUUCUUUCGCUUUUGUUGCUGCUCGCCACCAUUGUUCCGUACCGUGCAACGGUUGCCCUGACGGAGGGAACGUUUCCGGUCGCGAAGCGUAUGAAUAUCGAAACAUGCUCAGUUCGGUUCGAUGUGCAUCUUAAUACCAUCAUACGCACGGAAGAAUCGCGAUCGAUGGGUGCACGCUUUCUUGACGAUGCUGAUCUUAAUUCGCGCGAGCAGUGUCUACGGCUUUGUUGCGAAACGGAAAACUGUGACGUGUUUGUGUUCGAAGAGAAGAGUCCGGGUACGUGUUUCCUCUUCCAGUGUGGUCCGCCGGAGAACUUCCGCUGUAAGUUUACACGCCACUCGAACUACACUAGCGCGGUUCUGUCCAUCCCACCGCCGCCUCCAGUCGAACAACCGCCUCCACCACCACCGCCACCGCUAGCCGCACAGAUACAAUCGUUAGCCGCACAGCCGGCCGCUACCAGCAAUGGUGCCACAAAACUGCUCUCCCAACACGAAAUGGAGCUGGUCAGCUUGAAGGACGGUGGGGGCGGCAACAGCAAACUGCAGGGCACCAAUUUUGUGCUCGCCUCAUCCACCACGCCCUUGCCACCGUUGGGUGUUCGGCUUGGCGAGAUGCUCACUACGCCCAGUGCCAGUACGCCCAAGCAGCAGCUUGUUAUGCCUGCGCCGCAAUGUGGCCAUUUUGAAUUUCCUUGCCAUUCUGGUGAAUGUAUCGCGGUGUACAACGUGUGCGAUGGCAUCCCACAGUGUGAGGACGGUAGCGAUGAAGGUGCCGAAUGCCCGCAGAAGAACGCUGGACCGAUCGUAUCUUCGUCCGCUUUGAACCAAGGCAGAGAUCAGGGUACGGAACACGGCAGGGCGAGUAUGGGCGGUGGUUCUGUGAAUCAACCCGUCAUGAUGAUAUCCUCGGUGCGUGGCGUUGGUAGCGGGAAUAGCCCGUUAGGGAUGGGCUCCGCAGGAAUGCUUCCACUCGACCAGCGAAUGUAUCAACCGAUGGAUUACCAGCAGACACCCAAUCGUUUCGGGUUGUCGUUGGAACAGCAGCAGCAGAUACACCGUAACCGGGAAGAUCCGAUGACGGCUCCAAAGCCUUGGCCUCAUCCAGCCAUCAAUGAGCCGAACUAUGUCGAUACUUCCGAUAGCCGUAUCUUCAACCAUAAGGGUGGGCUGCAACUAUCGGCAGUUAACAACCUGGUUCCACCGUCUCAAUAUCAGGAAACACUACCAGAGUCGAGCUACAUGCCAUCUUCCUCCGUCAUACGUGCGGGAGGUGCAAAGUCAUAUCUGACUAUGGCCGGCAGUAAUGGCUAUCCGCAGCAAGUUUUACCACAGUUCCCAGCCGAACAAACGUCACAACAGCUGUCGCCGUAUAAAUCUGCGCUUCCUUCACAGUGGAUCGGAAGUAACAAUAUGCGAGCCUCAAACUGGCCAUUACAACCGAGCGAUGUUUUGCCAAGCGGUAGUGAUGGAGUUCCUCCGAGAGAACAGUACAUACAACCACCCGUCCAACAGCAACGUCCUUCGAUCGCAACGCAAGACAUUCAAACCACCUCCAACGGUGCGGAUGCUUCUGCGUCCUCCUCGAUUACGCUACAGCAACCGGCACCGAACCAACCAUCUCCAGCUGGUGCACAGUGGUCAAUGGGAUCACAGGCAGUGGCGGGAACACCAACACCACCGGGUACACCGUCUACUGGGGACGGAUCAGCGAAUCGCGCCGGGCUCGAAAGUUCCGUGAAGGAUCCAUCCACAAACCAUGACACGUUACCUGCUGCAGGUGUUGCCGCUCAAAGUGGAGCCAAACACAAGCCUGCUGCAAGCGUUCCAUCUGACGGUGGGACAGAGUACGAGGAAGAUGCAUAUGACGAUACCUACCCCGAGUCUACGAAUACAGCCGGAGCGGAUGAUCAAUCGCAACCACCUACCCAAACGGAACCACCGAAGAAAAAGGUUCGAAAGCAUCACAAACACGAACACGACCAUGGUGGUAAGCAGGCGGGUAGCGGUUCGGAUUCGGACAACGCAGGCGAACUGUCGACCGAACAGAAAAGAAAGAAAAAAUUAAAAACAAUAAAAAAAGAUAAGGCAGCUAAUCAGGCAGAUCAUGACACCGGCCAUCAUGCUGGAAGUGAUCCUAUCGUGCAUGAACAUCUGAAGGCGCUGCACAAGGAGCUCGAGAUCGAGUUUGCGGAUCACGAUGGGUACGCCGACCGUCCCGGUGGCGCUAUGCUAUCACUUACCCUCGGUGUGUUGUUGACCGCGGCCAUGGGCAUACUCCUGAGCUGCCGGAUGCGUGUGGCUCGUCGAAGAAUUCGUCGCCCGGGCAAAUCGUCCUACGCGCACGAUGCCGAUUUUCUCGUUAACGGCAUGUAUCUGUAG